CCACAACCUAAACCGCAAUUCUCUACGCGGGCCCCGACUUCCUAUAGAUUAAUAUUGGUACUAUGGCGCAAAGCAUACCGCUCUACGACCGUCCCGACUUCUUCGCCAACUACCUCGGACUCCCACGGCAGCAAUUCGGCCACGACGGCGCCCCAGAAUGGCCCACGCUCCGCGAAAUGGUCGGCGAAGUCCGCAAUCAAAAAGUCCUAGAUCUUGCAUGCGGGCUAGGAUGGUUCGCGCGCUACGCGAUCGAAAGCGGCGCAACCUCAGUCCAAGCCGCAGAUAUCUCAACCAAGAUGAUCGCAAAAGCAGAGGAGCUAACUGCGCAAGAGCUGCAGGACAGGAUCCAGUAUCGCGUGGCAGAUCUCAACGAUAUCGAGUUGGAAAGCAAUACGUAUGACUUGGUAUAUUCCAGUCUAGCGCUGCAUUAUCUCCCUAACGCCUCCUUCACGCGCCUCCUCGCCCAAAUCCACGACUCCCUUAAGCCAGGCGGCCGCUUCGUCUUCUCAGCCGAGCAUCCCAUAUACACCGCGCCUUCAAAUCCGGCGCUCCAGAAAUUGCCGGACGGGAGCGAAGUGUGGCCGUUGAACUGGUACGCGGACGAGGGGCUGAGGGAAACGAACUGGCUGGGCGGCGUGAGAAAAUAUCAUCGGACGAUGACGACGUACAUGAGGGGCUUGCUUGGCGCGGGUUUUGAGUUAAGGGAUUUUGUGGAAUGGAUGGCGACGAAGAAGGAUGUCAGUAUGUAUCCGGAGUGGAGGGGCGAGAAGGAGAGGCCGAUGUUUUUGCUUGUUAAGGUGGAGAAGCUGAAGUGAUAUUUCGCCAAUGAGCACUACGUCGUUCUUCGGUUAUGAGAGUCGAUAUCAUGCGUUGGACUUUCCAGCGAUAGAAACCCACAACGGUCUGUUACCGAGCGAUAUGCUCUCCCUGUCG